GCUACCACAUCCACCCCGCCUAAAACGAUUAAAAAUCACUUUUUUAUUUUGAGGGGGAAUAAUAUGGAUCGUAGAAGCGCGUUUGCGGUUGCUUUGAUCUGCAUUGUAGUGGCUGGUGUCGGUGGUCAGUCUCCGACCGCCGCUCCCACUAAAGCACCACCACCAGCGACUACGCCUUCUGCUGCUGCACCCGCUACGGCUCCUGUUAGUAAAUCUAAGUCACCGGCUCCAACCGCGGCUCCAACUGCUUCUCCACCAACUUCUUCACCACCAAUUGCUGCACCCCCGAAGCCUACAGCGGUUCCAGCUCCCUCAAAAUCUACUCCGGCUUCUUCCCCUCGAGCUGUUGCUCCUGCGAGUUCUCCUCCAGCCAAAUCGCCUCCCGCUGCUGUACCGACAACCCCUCCAGAGAGCUCAGCCUCUCCUCCGAAUUCUGUUGCAGCUCCAACUGCUGCCGAUGUUCCUGCACCGGCUCCAAGCAAGAGCAAGAAGAAGCCAAAGAAACACGGUGCUCCCGCUCCUUCACCUGAUUUGCUCGGACCUCCGGCUCCACCAACCGGUGCCCCAGGACCUAGCCUCGAUGCGUCCUCUCCCGGCCCUUCUGUCGCCGCAGAUGAGAGUGGAGCGGAGAGAAUAAAGAGCUUGCAGAAGAUAAUUGGAGGAUUGGCAUUAGGAUGGGCAGCUAUUGGGUUGAUCUUCUAGAGAAGCGAUAGCUGGAUUCAGUUUUAUUUAUUAUAAUUUUUUUAAAAAAAUCACUGUGUAAUACAUUUGAUAUUAUGGUAUAUUUAUUUUACUCCA